GAGGGGAAGAGAGCGAAAGAGAGAAAGCGGAUGAUCCCUCAUUGAACAGCAGCACAGACCUGUUUCAAACACCCACCCACCCACACACACACACACACACACACACAUGCACCCCAGCGACGAAAGCAGCAUCAGUCCGAGCCCCUCGCCGCUUCUCCGAGGCACAAAGCGAACGGAGCAGUUCGCCAGAAGACGAGGACGAGCCGCCACAGUCUUCACGGCACCAGGAGGAGCGGACGUGGUGGAGAGGAUGAGGAGAGCUUCUUUUGGAAGGUGUUAGAUCAUUCAAUAGCAGUGCCGGGAAGAAGCGGAGAAGAGAGGGAGUGUAGGCGGUGAAGCCGGUGCUGCUGCUGCUGCUGGAAGGAAGGAAGGAAGGAAGAAGAGGCUGAGAAAUCACCCCCCAUCGACUUGCGGAUGUGGAAGAAGCACCAGUCAAGUUCUCGUCCUGAGUUUUUGGUCCAGUGAUUGUAGCCCAGAGAGGAGAAGGAGGUAGCAGAACUAGGAAGGCCAUGGAUGUUUCCCUCAGCCAGAAUGUGGCUUGGCUCCUGCUUUUCUUCUUUCUGAUGGUCUACACGCCGUCCACCCAGGGCCAAGGAUGUCCUCAGCGUUGCGACUGCAUCAGCAAGCUCAAGAUGGUCUCCUGCCAUGGUAAGCGCCUUUCUACAUUGCCUGAAGGCAUCCCGCUGGACACCAGGAUCCUGGACCUGAGUGGGAAUAAACUGCGCUGGGUGGAGUAUGGUGACCUGCUUCCUUUUCCCCACCUGGAGAGACUUGACCUCAGCGAGAACAUGAUCAGCGUCCUGGAACCAAAUGCUUUUUCUAGUCUCCAGAGUCUGCAGUCACUUUCCCUGAGGGCUAACCAGUUGAAAUUGGUCCCAAUGGGGGCUUUCUCAAACCUGGCCAACCUCACCUCUUUGGACUUGAGUGGGAAUAAGAUUGUGAUUCUUUUAGACUUUACUUUUCAAGACCUGAAAAGUCUGAGGGACCUGGAAGUUGGAGACAAUGAUCUGGUGUAUAUCUCUAACAAGGCCUUUUUGGGUCUGGUGGGACUGAGGGAGUUGACCAUCGAAAGGUGCAACCUGACGUCUGUGUCAAGCCAAUCUUUGUCUUACCUUCAUAACGUGGUCACACUGCGACUGCGCUACCUCAGCAUCUCUACCUUAGAGGAUCAGAACUUCCGUAAGCUGGGAAACCUAAGGAGCUUGGAGAUUGAUCACUGGCCCUUUUUGGAGUACAUCUCCCCCCACAGCCUGCAAGGUCUUAACUUGUCGUGGCUGUCCAUCACGCACACCAACCUCACAUCUGUGCCCACUUCGGCCCUACGCAGCCUCUCCCACCUAACCAGCCUCAACCUCUCAUUCAAUCCUAUUUCCGUCCUGGAGUCCUGGGGGCUGCGGGACCUUCUCAGGCUGAAGGAGCUUCAUCUGGUCAACACCAGGCUGGUAAUGGUUCAGCCGUACGCCCUGGGUGGUCUCAGACAAAUCCGCCUCCUUAACCUUUCAGCUAACAAUCUAGUGACCCUGGAGGAGGGGGCUUUUCACUCCGUCAACACUCUGGAGACGCUCCGUUUGGACGGGAACCCCUUGGCAUGUGACUGCCGCUUGCUUUGGAUCCUUCAACGCAGGAAAACGCUUAAUUUUGAUGGUGCUUCCCCCGUGUGCAUGACGCCCGUGGAGGUGCAGGGCCAGGCUCUUAGCGCCUUCACGGACUCUGCCCUUUUUGACCAUUUCACCUGCCAGAAGCCCAAAAUCCGCAACAGGAAACUUCAGCAGAUAUCAGCUCGCGAGGGGCAAGUGGUGUCAUUCGUCUGCAGGGCGGAGGGUGAGCCCACGCCAGUAAUAUUUUGGAUAUCUCCUCAGCGCCGUCGCAUCACCACCAAGAGCAAUGGCCGCUUGACGGUAUUAAAGGAAGGCACCUUAGAAAUAAGGUACGCCCAGGUUAUGGACAGCGGAACCUACAUCUGCAUCGCUAGUAACGCUGGUGGGAAUGACACUUACUUUGCCACGCUCACUGUCAGUGGUCUUCCACUCGACGCAGCGCUCAUGGGCAAUCGCACCUACUACGCCGGGGACCUCAACGACACCAACUUAAAUGACACCAGAGUCUUCCUGAAGUUCACCCUGGACCUCAAGACCAUCCUUAUCUCCACAGCAAUGGGCUGUAUCAUGUUCCUGGGGGUGGUCCUCUUCUGUUUUAUCCUGCUUUUUGUGUGGAGUCGUGGGAGAGGACAACACAAAAACAAUUUCUCCGUGGAAUACUCUUUCAGAAAGGUGGAUGGGCCCGCCGCCAGCGGAGGGCAGGGCGGGGCACGCAAAUUCAACAUGAAAAUGAUUUGAUCCUACAGGAGGAGGUGUACUUUUUUAUUGCUGCUUUGCUAAUACCUGAGAAGAUACCCGGACUCAGCUCCUGAAGCUCGGACGCCUUGCUUGAAAGCAUUUAAAACUUAAAGCACAAACUGGUGACCAGUCCGGGGUGUACCCCGUGUUUUGAGGAACACUUCAGCCAGGAUAGGCUCCAGCUGACUUAUGACCUUGCACAGGAUACGUAUUAUAGAAAAUGAACAGAUGAACAUGUCCUUCACUUAAGGCUCUUUUGAAAUGUCAAAGACGUUCAUCAUUUGCUCUUUGUGCUUACAACACAAUGCCGGGACAUUUUGGUUGGGGGAAAAAUGACUUGCCUAAAAGGAAAGUCAGGAAAGGAAAGAGAAACCGAAAGUUUGAAUUCAAAUGUAUUUUUAAGAAAUUUUAGUAAAAUUGUGUGUGAACGGUAACACAAUAAGGGGCAAAACUAUCUUGGCAAAAAUGCAUGCUCGGAUAAUCGAACCAACUUUUCCAUAGGUGUCAGGGGUUGUCACUUUAUGGGAAUUUUCUACGUCUUUAACAGUGAAAAAGUUACAUUACCAGACUUAAGGUAGUUGUAGUUUUGCAGGGACAAAGUUGUUACAAGAAAAAAGUAAAAACGGUUGUUAUCAUACCAUACAAGUAGUAAUGCUAUACGAUUUGUUAUAUACCCAAGUCGUAGUGGAAACUUUGUUCAUUUUUUUUAAUUGAAUGAAUGUUGCUAAAAAUAAUCACUCAUGACCAAUCGCUUAUCCGCUUUGAAGGUUUAGCAUUUAUUUGGAAAAAUCUCUACAUCUCAAUGCAUAACUCUUUUGGUCCACAUUACAGGGGUUUUAUUAAGAAAACGAUAAAAAUACUCACAGUUCAAGCGCAGUAACAGUGCUUAGGUUUGUGUACGACUGCCUACUAAAUACUAAUCUAUAACAAAUAAGGACACAUACAGUAAAUAAAUAAAAUUACUACUUAUUUCCAGAUUAGGGCUCUCAGUAAAUGCCACGGACUUGCCAAAAAUAUCUAUAUUUGUAUUCCAAGUUAUUUACUAGGAGGAACUAUUUUGUUGCUAUGGUACCUCAUCAGUGCUAGGUAUUUCCCACUUAACCUUUACAAUUAACGGCGCACAUGCAUAUGUUAAAAUGAAUACACUUGAUCCUCAAACUCUUUGCGUUGAAGAUAGAUGACUUGUAGUGUACAUACGGCUCAGAGAUGAUGUGUAUCAAAGGGAAUAUACUGUAUAAAAUGUACUAUACAUUUAGCAGUUAUGGCAUCCUUGUGCUUGUUUUCUAGAACUGUUGUGCAGUCACUUUUUACCAUCCGGCUUUUGCAGCGUUUUUCUCAUCUAGACAGAUAUUGCACUGAGACAUGAAUGCUCCCUAUGCUCACAGAGGGCAUUUAUUUCAGGUUUGGGUUGACGCACAUCAUUUUUUUGGGCAGCAGUAGAUAACGUUUUGUGUCAGGGGCCAAAUGUGCUAAUAACAUUGUGUACUAGAACGAAACACUGGAAUGAAAAAGUACCUCGGUUCAUAUUAGAAGGAUGAUGGUUGCAAAGGCAGAUCACUUUUGGUUUAAGAAAUAAAAACCCAUUUCCAUUGGAAUGAAUUAGGGAUGCUGCGAUCAGGGUAUUGCUGCCAAUUUCGAUACCGAUUUAUCCAUGAGUGAGAUCAAUCGAUACUGAUCACAUUCAUUAACUGUACAUUUUUCAAUGUAUUUAUAAAUGGAAUUGGCCAUUGGCCAAUUCCAAGGGCCCCUGGAUAACAAAAUAAAUGUUUGUUCGGAUUGUCUCUCUUUGCCUUUAUUUGUAUGAAUUAAUAUUUGUUCCCUUUGACACAAACCGGAAUUUAAUUUCACACAUGUUCUGGAGAAAUAUGUAUGUAAUAAUACAUGCAAAAUAAAUUGUUCAAUAAUUAUUUCUUAGCUCAAGAUAACAAAAAUUAACACAAUAAAGUAAUACAAAUGCCAAAUAGAAAUCUGUCCUGCAGGAGUUAAACAGAAUAAAUAAGGUUUGUUAAGGAGUGAUCAAACACGCUGGCAUUGAUUGGCAUAGACGCAUCAUUUUGUUGGCAACCUAGUGGACAUGACACAGCAGACAUCGGUUUUGUGAUCGGCUUUGAAGGUUGUAUCAGUGUAUCGGUAUAUGGCAAUCCCAUGUUUUUUUUACAGUAAUCCGUCAGUUUUCAUCGGUCCAUUGAUCGGGGCAUGCCGAGAAUGCAUGGCCAUGGACUGGCAAACAUUGUUAUGGUCAUAAGCACGCAUGCAUUCAUACUAAUACAGUAUCAUAUCUAAAGUUGCCCCAAAAGUGGUCCAAUUUAGAGUUCAACCUUAUUUUGGAAGGAAAAAUAUGCCUCAAAAUGUCCAACUCUCUGACCUUUCUUUUCUCUGAUAACCAUAGAAUAGGUAAUGUAACUAUAAAGUGUCUGCCUGCUCAGUACAAUAUCAGCAUUCUAAUUAAAUAAAGAUCACAGCAUUUAUUUCAUCUAAAAAUUUAUUUUACCAAGCAGGUGCUAACGUAAAUAUCAUGGUAGCGGAAGCCAUUUUUACCAUUUACCUCAUUGUGAAAGUUUUUGCAUUACAUUACAUUGUUAAAGUAGGAAUAUUAUGAGACACAAACAAAACAAAAUGAAGGUGGAAUUUUGAGGGUUGCUGAAAUAGUUGUAAUGGGAGUAAAAUCAUAAUAUUAUGGAGAAUAAAAUCGUAAUAUUUCCAAAUAAAAUUUCCAAAGAUGAUUUAAGAAGAGAGACUAAAUAUUUAGGAAAAUAUUUUUGAAAAAAAAACAAGCAAAAAUGGAAAACACCUAGAAUAUAUAUAUUCAUAUAUAUAUAUAUAUAUAUAUAUAUAUUACUAUUUAUGUUGUAAAUUUAAUAUUUUAAUAAUAAUGUAAGAUUUGUAAUACGCUUUUUCACCUACACCACAAAGAAGAGAGGCAGUUUUUUUUGGUUUACAAAAUCUCAAAGUGGCCCUUGCAUUCUGUCAUUUUUCAGUUUUUUCAGUUUCAAAAUGUGGACACCCCAGUUCAUAGUGCAUUUUGGGUUCCCUAACGUUUUGUCAGAAGAGAAUUGGAACUCAUGACAAACUAAUAAUUAAAAACUAUUUUGAGAAUUUCUUUGUGCAUUCCAAAUAAUUCCAUCAUAUUCUUGUGAAAAGUCUCCAACAUAGAAAGUUCCUGGAAGGUUGCAUCCCUCAAAAAUAAAUGAACGAAAUUGAUAUAAAUAACUCUUAAGUGUUGAAAGAUAAACUGCAAUACUGUAUGUAAUGUAAAAGGUUUGAUUGAUUAAAAAAAAACAACAUUAAUUUAGUUGACAUUUCAUUUCAUUUCCCUGCUGGCUCGCUAUUUUAAAAGAAAUCCUACCACAAUACAUUAAAUAUUAUAUUUGGACUGACUGAAUCGUAAUAGGGACAUUUUUUAACCCAAAAUGCUGCUCUGCUGACCUCUGUUGGUUGUACGUGGUAGUGCAGAAAGACUGAAACCGUUCUACAUUUGAAAAAAAAAUGAAUGACGGCAUAUUUUUGUCAUGUGAAAACCAUGAAAUGUAAAUAUUGAGACUGUUGCUCAGUGUUUUGUUUUGUGUUUUAUACAUAGAAAAUGUAAAAAAGGAACAGUGUUUAUAAAGCAUGCAAUAUAUCUUGUCCAUUGGGCCAUUUUUUUGCUAACUAAACAAACUAUUGUUUUUAAUCCUUUACAACUGCCAACACUGUGAUAGUUUGAUUUAGAUUUUGUCUUGGUUCACUUUUAAUCAAUCCAUCUGCAAAAAACACAAAAAUAGGCUUUUUGUGGCAUUUGUCAAUUUGCUCCAUGCAUCAGCUCUCAAAAAAAGAAAUAAAUGACUUUUGUAAGCAGACACGGCAACAUGCUGAAAAAUACCCCAAAAUCACAAAAUAAUGCCUGAAUUACUUAUUGUAUUAGUCAGUAACUGUGAUUGGCUGGCAACCAGUCCAGGGUGUACCCCGCCUCUCACCCGAAGACAGAAUGUAGUCUGUAAAUGAUGAUGCUCAUACUCCUGUCAAUCAAACCACCAACCAAGCCUGUCAUAGUUUUAGACAUGGCAAUGUUUGGCAUUAAAUCUGAACCAAACUAUGAUUUACUGCAUGUCAUGUGAUUGUCACUUACUGUUGUGUAGUAGUUGAUGACACCAGCGGCCCCUUUCCUCUGGAAUGUCUCAUUAUUCUUUGUCUUUUUUCAAGAUGAGUCACCAUCAUAAUGACACUUUUUUAAUUUCAUGAACGGAGUCUGUCUGUUUAUCUUCUCUGUGUACAUAAUACAAAACAGUCCAUCCUUUUCUACAACAGUUAUGUAUGUAUCUUUUUUUUGUCUUUUUUUUAUCUGCUAAUUUGUAAUUGUAUUGAGUUGUGGACUCCGAUAGAGCAGCUACAAACAAUAACCCGUACAGAAAGCAUUGUAGACCUUCUAGGAUCUGCACCUAUUCAGCUGUAACUAUGAUGAAUGGGGAAAUCUGUAUAAUCUUCCACAGCUGCAAACUCUUACACAUCUCAGGGAUUGCAAUGUUUUUAUGUUGAUAUAAAAUACUGCAGCUUUUGCCCAGACAUUGAGAGAAUGACAAAGAGGUACUCAAUCAACAAUGAUUUUAUUGGAACGAACAAUCAGAGCAAGACAACCAUGGUCGAAAGUAGAAAUUUUAAGCAGGAAUGAAUGGACACGAAAAAAGUGCACCAAAAGAAAUGUUAUAAAAAGAUUUGUGUCCUGAGUGGUUAGCAUAUUGGCCACACAUUAUGGAGAUCGAGAAGACCUGGGGUCGAAUCUGAGAUUGAGUGAAAACAAAUUUUUCAAAAAACUAAGUUUUCCUCUUAUUUCGUGUGG